CCGCGUCAACACUCCACCACGCACGCGCGAUCCGCGCACGCGCAUUUAUAAAUCAAUACCAUUUCGUGUCAUCACAAAACACUUUAAAAUUCUUUUCAAAUAUUUUUGAACUAUUAUCCUAAAGUUUUUUUGCUUGUGUUGUGUCAGUGAUUGUGAAACAGACUGUAUUAUUUUUUUGUUAGAAAGUGUUCCUACCUGCCAGGAGUGUUUUUCUAUAGUCCACCGAUGGCGCUACGGUGACCGAAGAUGUCCGUCCGCGCAGUAGCGCUAUGGUGUGUGGUGGUCGCGGUGACCGCUCGCGCCGCCGCCUACACCGUUGAUUGCAACCACGAAUACACAGACUGUGAUACAGAACUCAGUAAAAUAACAGGAGAAGAAGAUGACGUCAGAGGUAACAGACAGCCACCACAAGUGCAGCAAAAAACAACAACAGAGGCUCCAAGCCAACAAUUCCAGUCAACCACACCAACAACGACAACGACAACUACAACAACAGAAUCUUACAUAGAAACGACAUCAGAAAGAAGAAUGGAACAAGAAACUGAAGCCACACCGCUAUCAGAAGUUGGGGAUCCAAUACUACCAACCCAAGAAAUAAUUAAACCAAGGCCAAGGCUUUUAAACCUGAAUGUGGAUGAACUACAAAACUUUGCGAUUGCACUGCAUAAUGAAACGAAUGCGAAAUCUCAGAAGAAACAUCUGUCGGAUCUUAGUGAUGUUAAUUUGGAUGUAGAUGACGAUGAUGAGCCGAGGAUGAUACCAGUAGAACAUAAGCAUAAGGAUAUGCCUGAGAAGUUCUAUGCUAAUCUACAGGCUCCAUUCCAUCCGCUGAUGACGGCAGAACGAGGGUCGGAGGAGAUGGAUACGUGUAAAGAAAAUGAGAUGAUUUAUAAGAUUGGUGAACGAAUGGAUCGUGGUUGUGAAGAAACGUGCGAAUGUAUAACUGGUGGAAUUUUUGACUGCUCUCCGCGCUGCAAGCAUCCCUAUAUAAGGCGCGGUAGAAGAUUAAACGAUCCUCUGUGCUUCGAGUCGCCUGUCGACGAAUGCUGUUCCAUUAUAGCCUGUGCUACUGGAACCGGAGAAAAUGGAAAGAUGGCCAAAAUUGAUGUGUGUCGUUAUGGAAAUGAUACGCACGCGAUCGGCUCUACCUGGCACAUUGGUUGUGAGCAGACCUGCACUUGUGAACCAAACUCCGUUGUGACUUGCAAACCCAGAUGCAAUGCCCUACCUGUUUCGGACAAGUGCAUCAACGUUCAGGAUCCGAACGAUGCGUGUUGUGAAGUACAAGUCUGUGACGUCAGCCAUGAUGUUCACGAAGAACCAGAGAAUUCCACUUCCACUUCCACAACGACCACUACCACAACUAGUACCACUACCACUACCACUACCGAGAUGAUCAAAGGUUUCGAAGAGUAUGACGAGCAGAUUGACAACAUUGAAACAAGACCUUUGAUACUCACAGAACCCAUAGGCUCAGUGAAAGUUCUGCAGAACAAUUCCGUCCAAGUCAACCUGAUGCAUUUGAACCACAGCGAAGACCCUAUACACCUUCUUCUAAGCAAUGAUGGCGGAAAGUCCUUCAGUGAUGUGGAAUUAAAGUAUUCCAACCUGAUCCUGAAUUUGGAAGGUGGAAGAGACUAUAUACUGAAGACUAAGGAAACUGGAACGAAGUUCAAUUUUACCAUUACGGCUUCCGAUAAUGGACUUAACGAAGUGCCCAAUGAGGAUAUACACAAUGUCUCCAAAGAAGGCUGCUACCAUGACGGACAGUUUUAUGCUAUUGGUGAUGAAUUCCACAUCGGUUGUUCGGAGCUGUGUGAAUGCACUGGUCCAGACACCCACGAGUGUGCAGCUCUUGUGUGUCCAUCCCACGUGGGCCUAGAGCUGGUCUCCAAGGGCUGCGUGCGUUGGGCACCUUCUCCACCAGCCACUCCACCUAACUGCUGUCCUAGGACCGCCAGAUGUUUAAGCGAUGGAACCUGCCAUUACAAAGGAGUUGCAGUACCCAACUGGAGUGAAGUGCCAAUAAGUUUGACUGGUUGUGAACAGCGUUGCUUCUGUGAGAAUGGGGAGCUGGACUGCCAGGAUGUUUGCUCUCCCCUUCCCGCUGUACCUCCUCAGACGCUGCGCUGUCCUCCUUCCCAUCGGCCAGCUCCCGUCAACAUAUCUGAUGAGGAUUGCUGCAAGCAUUGGGGAUGUAUACCUCACCCCGGUCAUUCGACGACGGAUGGGCCAUCACAGCAGUCGUUCCUUCCGACCAUACCUCCCGAGAUCCACUUCCCUCAUGACGAAAACAUUCCUGACUACGACCAGAACAACAUCCACAGGCCUAUGGGUCCUGGGGAGCCUGCUUUGCAAGGCCUUCCACCAGGUCUGACCCUGCCCCCAGGAUAUGGAGAUAUGAACAAGAAACUGACUGUUAUUUCUCUGCAAGCGGACUCUCCUACAAGUGUGAAGAUGCUCUUUGGUCUACCAGCUGUACUGGUUGGAUUGCGAGGCAGUGUCGAUUUGAGAUAUACAGAUAAGGCUGACGAAGACAUAUCCCGUUGGUUCUCACAAGUGUUCGCGCCAGCAGACGAGAUUCUGACCACUCCUCGUUUAGAGUUCAGACUGACUGGUCUAUCUCCAGGUACAACGUAUAAGAUCAGAGGAAAACUGUACCUCCACAACCUUCCUGUGGAGCCAGAAAGUGAAAUCUAUACAGUCCGAACUCUGGACUCUCCUUCGGCGACUCCAACAGUUGAAGAGAAACGUCGUGAGAUCGACAGUAGGCUGACCAUCGUGGAUGUCAAUGACACCGUAGCUCAUGUCACGUGGAGACGUUUUGGUGAAGAUGAAUUGCAGUUCAUAGACGCUAUACAAGUCAGAUACCGUCCAGUGGGCACUCCGAUCUACAGCAUGACGGAACUCCUCCAUCACAGUCGGUCUACGGCUGAGCUCCAUGACCUACGUCCAGGUAGUCGGUACGAGGCAUCACUCGUAUUGGUACCGCCUCCGAAAGCAACCACUGAACUUGUCGAUCCUGGUAGAAUUGAGUUUACCACUGCUCCUUAUGUUGACCCAUACAACUGGACGGUGACGAUCGAGGCUCGUACGGUAGGUUCUGAAGCUGCGGAAGUAUGGUGGCGUGGUAUUCCAUCGCCAGCCGAGCGCUGGGUCCGUGUGUAUCGUGGAGCCCACGCUUGUGGUUCGAAAAGAGAACAGGAUGAAUUCCGUCUCGCUACCAGAGAUCUGCCACCGGCUAUCACUCUCACUGGAUUACAGCCUAACACCAAGUGUCGUGUAUGGUUGGAGAUGUUCCUGACAAACGGUAAAGUGAAGACCAGUAAUGUUUUGGAGAUUAACACAAAACACGAAGAUUCUCCUGAGCCUAUUGACAACGAGAUAGAAGCAUCAUCAGUGGCCAGUCGUCACCGAGGCGACUACUACGGCGCGCUGGUUGGGGUGGGGGCAGUGGCUGCCCUCGGCGCCCUCACCUCACUGCUUCUACUCCUUGUGGUGCUGCGGAGACAUCGACCACGAUCCGUGCCUAUUACUACUGUGCCAUCAGCUCCUCGAGAGUCGUCACUCCCGCCGUACGACAACCCAGCAUACAAACUAGAGUUACAACAGGAAACCAUGGACCUCUGACAGUUAAGUUCCCGUGGGCACAUGAAUGGCCUCAACGGGAUAUCCGAGCGCGGCGUUGAUGUAGACAUGCACAACGGCAGGCCAUACAACGAGAUGGGUGUAUGAGCCCAUACAACAACACUAAACGGACCAAUCUCUGUUUACUAAUCAACGAAAUAAAAAAUACAUACAUGAACUCUACGAAUGUGUUUGUGAGAUACCAUACAAUACUCAUACAAAUAAAAGAUGAUUAACAACAGCCCGUACAAUUGUAUGGCUAGUAAUGUGGAAGUAAUUAAAUAAAAAAUAAAUAACAAAAAAUUUGCAUGGGACCAUACAAAAAUGUGACUUUACUAAAAAUAAACUGUGAAUUAAAGUGAAACGGUGACGAACGAUUUUGUACGUAUUUCUAUGUUUUAUAUUAUAUUAAGUCUUCUGUACCUUGAUUUAAUGAAAUUUGUAUAAAAUAAGGUAGCUAAAUCAUACGAAAUAAUGUAUGUAUGAAAUUAAUUAUGUUAUUAAUAAUUAAGUGCUAUGAAAUUCGUUACAAUUCAAUUAAAUUGUGUACCUAAACAUAAAAAAAAUAUAUUUGUCAUAAUAAUAAUCCAGAUUCCUAAUAUUAAAUGCAGUAGGAUAAUUAAUUUUUUCGCAGUAAAUUAAUCAUAAAUUAAUACCCGAUGUGAUAUCCCGUAAAAAGAUAAGCUGUCCCUUAAAAUUCUUUAUAUUAUUUUAUUUAAAUUAUUUCACAUUUACCUAUGGUUUAAAAUAAAAGCAGUAUAUCUAAGUGUGGGAGAGUCAUGCUUCGGCACGAAUGGGUCGGCUCGACCGGAGUGAUACCACGGCCUCACAGAA